AACAUGGGUGCCAUAUUGUCACUCUAAAUGUGGUUAUGUGGUUACAUAAAUAAGCAGUCACGGGAUGCUAUAACAAAACAAAUACAGUUUGGACAACAACGCAAACUUUCGUUUCUCGGAGUUUGGAUCAUUAGUCGAUCUGUUUCGGUUUCCAUUCUGUAUGUAAAUACACGAACGUGCGGAACAGUACUCUUGGCGGACGCAAAAGAAAACACCUCUUCACGCACAAAGAGAAUUAAAUUAAUUCAUCUUACUUUCGAGAGCAGGGUACUAAAGUACUAUGGGAGUGCUAGGAUUAAAAAGCUACAUAGAGAAAAACAAAGAGGCACUGAAGAUUUACCACUUUAAAAACAGCAAGCUCAUAAUUGAUGGGUCCAGUCUUUACCACUCUCUUUACUUUAACUUUCACUUGGAUCAAGUACAUGGGGGUGAAUAUGAAUCAUUUGAAAAACUGGUCAACAGAUUUUUCACAAACCUAAAAGUGUGUAAUAUUCAGCCUUAUGUUGUACUUGAUGGAGGUAAUGACACCACAAUGAAAAAAUCAGACACCCUGCUGACAAGAGCUGAAGACAGAAUUAAAAGGGCCCAUGCUUUGUCCACGGGACAUUCAGGAGAAGUCCUGCCGAUUCUCACCAAUUGUGUGUUCAAGCAGGUGCUCCACAAACUUAAGGUCCCAUUCGUUCAGUGCUUGGCUGAGGCUGACUGGGAAGUGGCAGCACUGGCCAACGACUGGAAGUGUCCUGUUCUGUCGAACGACUCGGAUUUCUAUAUAUUCAACAUCAGUGCGGGAUUUCUUCCAAUAUCUCAUUUUCAAUGGAAAGAAGUGCCAGAAAGUGGCAAAAAAUUUAUUACAGCGAAACUGUUUAAUGUUAAAAAUCUGUGCGCUCUUUUUAACUGCCUGAAUAAGGACCUUCUCCCUCUUUUUGCCACCAUCUUGGGCAAUGACUACACCAAACUGGACAAAGGUUUAUUUCCAGACUUCUCCACUUGUGCCAGGAGCUCCGUCGCAACCCGGUCUGCUGUUCGCAUCAAUGGCUUGCUCAUGUGGCUGUCUCACUUCCCGGACCAAAAAGCAGCCAUUAAAACCCUGGUGGGAAUGGUGAACACGGAGCACUCAACCACUGUCCGCAUCACUCUCGAUCAGGGUGUGAAGGAGUACAGGCUCAGGGCCAGCUCCAUAGCCCGGUUCUUCACAACCGGGGAUAUACAGCCCAGUAUUCAGGGCCCAUUACAGAACCUGCCUGGGUGGAUGCUGAAGCCCCUGGCUGAGGGCAAGCUGAACGCCAUCAUCAUCAACACGCUGACGCUGCAGCAGGUCAGGCUCACUUUUCCCGUGGAGAAUUCCCAACUCCCAAGCAGCAACCAGACCUCUCGGCCCAUACGACAAGUCGUAUACGGUUUACUGCUGGGCACCGGUGGUCCAGGGUGCUACGAGGUGGAGGAAUAUGACAGGCAGGACCUGAAGCUGACCAGCUCCAGGGUCCCUGCCAUUCUGCCUAGAUGUGCUGCAACACACCUUCACUUGGAUACACUGUGGGAGGCACCACGGCACUUGCAUCUCCAGGUCCUUUUGGACACAUUGCAAGUGUCACAGCAGCCUGACUCCCUCUGUGUCCCCGUCAAUCUACAACUGGCUGCAUAUGUCACAUGCUACUGGCUCAAGCAUGCACAACCUGAGCCCAAAGCAGAACUCUACUGGGCCUUGCUGGUUGGCUUGGUCUACGGAGAGUUAUCCAGAGAACCCAAGAGAGCCAAAGAGUUUGGGCUAGUGCUGAAUAGGCUUAAGAAUCUACAGACCUGUAAGGACCAGAUGACACUGAACCUGGAAGCAGCCCAUGCUUAUAGCCAGUGGCAGUGCUGUCUGAGAGACAGUGUCUGUCUCAGCCAGCUAUUGUGUCAUCUGGUGCCUGAGUGUGCCUGGUACGCCAGGGCUAGAUUGUACAAUGGACCGUUAGUACAUGAAGCAGCUAGAAGAAUGAAGAGCAACAACAAUCCCGAGUCCCUGCUCGCAGAUGCCCCAUAUCCACUAAAGUUGUUCCGACAGCUGCGGGCCGCAGUGGAGCGCGAGCUGGGCGACGACCUUGCCAGAAAGAUGAGGAUGGGAACAGGCGCUGGGCAUGCGAGAGAGCUGCUAAGUACGAAUAAAGACUCAGAUCUCAGCCGAAUGUUCGAGCAGCUGAUGCACGAAGAAGAGGACAGCGAUGACCAGAGUGAGGGCAAGGCUGGUAACCACGACCAGAUCUACAAGUACACCUACAACAUCCGCACAAGACACAAGAAAAAGAGCAGAACAUGUGCACGAGAUCCAAAAUCCAAGAAACAUGACCGCGUGUGCUUUGAUUAGGCCAUGUUUAACUUUACAAGAGACAAAAUACCAGACAGCGAGUGGAUUACACAGAAAUGGGCAAUUUAAGCCUUCUUUUAACAAUUUAAUAUUAUUAUACAAAUUGACUUACCAGAUAUUUAACUAUUUGGAACUUUAAUUUGAAGAUGAGUAUUUUAUUAGCUCCCCUGGUUGUGCAGGUAGGGCAAUGUGGUAGCAACAUCGAGGUUGUAGGUUUGAGUUCCCAGAAGCACAGAUAGUGUGUGAUCCUGAUAAAUAUGCAAUUUAGUACCUACAGAGUCUGACUUAGCUCUUUAAAAAUGGAAUGGAAUUUUAAUUCUUCUGUUUUCACAUAUAUUCAUUAUUUUUUUAAAAGCUUCAUAUGGAUUUUAUUUGGUUUUUAAUUUUUCAUUGAUGUCAACUGCCUUUAUAUUUGAAACUUUUCCUGAAAUGCAAUUAGAACGCAGUUUAAAUAAAUGACUGCCAAUGCAGUAUGUUAAAAUAAAUUCAUGCAAUUACACUGAUUACCAACAAGGAAACUGUCAAUACAACCAAAAACAGAAAACUGUUCUUAAAGAUCCGUAGAAAUUUUAAUGUACAAUUGUGUUCUGAAAUAACCAUAACAGAUUUCUGACUUUAGCUGUCAAUAACAAAUAAAUUACAAUACAAUCUUUACAAAAAACAGAAAAAAGGCAGUACAUACCACCCUUAUUCCAUUUUGGCUCCACUUCCUGGCCAGUCCACAAUAAAGUUGCUUGCACACAAAGAGCAACUCAAACCAAAGAGAGGCAAAGCAUGUUUGUCCGUUGAGAAGUAACUGUAUAACUGGCAUAUAAAGCCUAUGUGGCCGCUGAAAACACUUUACUGCUAAUAAAGAGGAAACAAAUAACUUACUUAAAAGGGGAAAAAAAUUAAUUUAACGGGAGAAGAAGAGGGGAAAAAAAAGGACCCCCCCCCCCCAAAGUUCA